AUGAACUCAUCAUAUUGGAUAGAAAGAUGUCAGCAGCUAGAGGCUCGUAUAUUUGAACAAGAUCAAGAAAUUAAGGAAAAUAAACAGCAACUGGAAGAUGCAGAUGAGCAUUGUAAAUUUGUCGAGGCUGAGCGCAAGGCUCUGAAGCAAGAAGUGAGGGCUAUGAAGAUGGAAAUGGAAGCACAAGAGGAGAAGACAAAUAUCUUGGCGCGCAUUGGCGCUGCUGUGCGAAUUCGAUAUCUUGAGCAAGCUAAGUCACAGGUCAUGGGCCUGAGUCCAGCAAAAUAUAAUGCCGAGUUUAUUCGAAGAGGGAACGAUGCAGCUCAUAGGGCAUAUGGGGCCGUGGAUGCUGCCAUCUUCACCGGAAACUUUCUCGAGGAUGGGGAAAAGACACAACUAGAAGGUGUUUUUGGUCUCAUCUAUGACAACAUAUCUCCUCAGCACUAUGGUAAUCUGCCUCCCAAGAUGCUUCAAGCUAUCGAUUACCAGGGCAGCAUUAUUUCACUUUAUGCUUUGAAUAAUGGGGCUAUGUCAAUUAGGGACAGACAAGCCGCCAGCGAUAGCAUGCAAUUUCUCAGGGAUAAGCUAUUGGAAUUGGGGGAUGAUGGAUUUGAAAUAAAUGAGGAUGUCUCACGCCAUUUAAAUAGAAUGGGAGAGCUUGCAUUUCUAAUCAUUACAAAGUCUCGACUUCAAGGUGCCCAGGCGUAUACGGUCAGUCCUGAAACACCUACCAGUUAUGGACCUCCUCAGAAUUCACCAGUCCGGAAGAGGCACGCCGGUCCUUCCAGGACUCAUCGUGGCAGAGGGGCUUCAGUAGGAAGUGAUUCGUUUAUUUAA